AUCUGCAAGCUCCGACGAAUUACAUCGAGUGGAUGUAUGUCGCUUUCUCGCCGAACAAUAUUUCUGUAUGGCACGCAUCUCUUUUCGUUCAUACUGAGCCUUAUGCUGGCGCCGUCUUCCGCUUUCACCUUAUCUUUCCACCAACCUACCCCAAUACCCCGCCUACAGUCAUGUUCCAAUCAGAAAUUUUCCACCCUCUAAUAUCCUACCGAGGCGAAUACUAUCUGAAAGCAGGCUUUCCUCGGUGGGUCGCACGAAAGGACUACGCUAUCGACGCGUUGCGGUACAUUCAGGCAUCAUUUACUAUUGAGGGUUUAGAGAGGAUCUUGGGCAUCCGCGAUGAAGGACUAGGGAAUCUGGAAGCCUUGUCGGCAUUUCGUGAGCGGCGAGAACAGUUCGACAGGCUUGCAAUGCAAUCAGCAGUUGUCUCGAAGUCACCUUCAAUGCUAUACUACCAUCCGCCGCUCGACCCAUUUGAUCAAGAUCCUCUCGAAGCCGAUAACCCUUUGCGCUUCCACGAGUUGACGAAAGGAGAGUUUAGUGAUGUCAGAGACAUGGUGUUGGCGAUGAUCAAGAAGCGGGCACCAUACAUGAAGGGAAGUCCGCAGAAGAAUGGGGUUACGCCGAAGAUAACGCAGGUAAUGAGAGAACGACAUGAAGCCUUACGUAGGAGCGUUGGUCUUGACGAUGGGUUAUUUGCUGAGGAGUUCGCUCAUCUGAACCUCAGAGCAGGUGCGGAUGCUCUUGGAAGUCCGAGGCCUAAGGUCAAAGCAACAGUGUCCAGUGAAUCUGCCGUGUCUGCAGCGUCAUUGUUGUCGGAUCAUCCACUGGCCAGUUCAGCACCAAAAGAUGCUGAGAGACCAGCGACUCCUUCAAGGAUGAGCAGUCCACGUCGAUUUGGUGAGCGCCUAAGAAGCAGCGCUGAUACUGCAGAAGAUGAUCCUUCGGGAGUAAGUCCAAGCAGGCCUGGAACACCAAGAUGGUGAAGUAGACCAGGCACCAUCAGGGAAUUGUGAUAGCAUCGUCUAGACAGUCAAGACCUUGCCAUAUGGGAGAAGACGAUGGGGAGUUCACGACUUCAUUUGCACGGCGAGUUUGGAGGGUUGCUUCGGCGUUAGCAUUACACAAGGAUACCCAGGAAGGCCCAUGAGG